GCGCCUGGACCCGUCCGCCCCGCCCCCUCCAAUCAGCGAGCCCCCUCGUUUCUCUCGCGACGCCCUCCCCUCUCUUGUCAGUCAACAGCCCAUCUCCAAAAUUUCUUUGCCCCUCCUCCGAUCUCUCUCCGGCGCCCCGACCCCGGCCGGGGCCCAAGCUCGCCGAACCCAAACCCCUAUUUAUACCCCGCAGAGCAGAGCAGUCGAGGAGUGGAGUGGAACCCGGAGGGAGCUACGGAGAUGGGUCUCUUCUCCUACCUCCCGCCCCUGCUGCUGCUGCUCCUGCUCCUGUCGGCCUCGGCUGCGGCUGCGGGACGCGACGAGAGCGUCUCGGCCUCGGACUACGAGGCGCAGUUCGAGGCCUGGUGCGCGGAGCACGGGAAGGCGUACGCGACGCCCGGGGAGCGCGCGGCGCGGCUCGCGGCGUUCGCGGAGAACGCGGCCUUCGUGGCGGCCCACAACGACGCGGUGGCCAGCAGCGGGCCGGGAGGGCCGUCGUACACGCUCGCGCUCAACGCCUUCGCCGACCUCACCCACGACGAGUUCCGCGCCGCGCGCCUCGGCCGACUCGCCGUCGGUCCGGGCCCACUCGGGGCGCCUUCGCCGUCGGACGGGGGCUUCGAGGGCCGCGUGGGCGCCGUGCCCGACGCGCUCGACUGGAGGCAGAGCGGCGCCGUCACCAAGGUCAAGGACCAGGGCAGCUGCGGUGCUUGUUGGAGCUUCUCAGCUACAGGUGCCAUGGAAGGAAUAAACAAGAUCACGACGGGCUCUCUUCUCAGCCUUUCUGAACAGGAACUAAUCGAUUGUGACAGAUCUUACAAUACUGGUUGUGGCGGUGGGCUUAUGACCUAUGCUUAUAAGUUUGUGAUUAAAAAUGGUGGGAUUGACACGGAGGAUGAUUACCCGUUUCGUGAAGCAGAUGGAACAUGCAACAAGAACAAACUGAAAAAGCAUGUGGUAACAAUCGACGGCUACAAGGAGGUGCCUUCUAGCAAGGAAGACUUGUUACUACAAGCUGUUGCCCAGCAACCUAUUAGUGUAGGAAUAUGUGGCAGCGCUAGAGCGUUUCAGCUAUACUCCCAGGGUAUCUUUGAUGGUCCGUGUCCAACGUCUCUUGAUCAUGCAGUCCUAAUUGUGGGAUAUGGUUCUGAAGGUGGCAAGGAUUAUUGGAUUGUGAAAAAUUCUUGGGGUGAAAGAUGGGGAAUGAAGGGCUACAUGCAUAUGCAUAGAAACACUGGCUCAUCGUCAGGUAUCUGUGGCAUAAACAUGAUGGCAUCGUUCCCUACAAAAACAAACCCGAAUCCUCCCCCUUCACCAGGCCCUGGCCCAACCAAAUGCAGUGUUUUUACCUCCUGCCCUGAAGGAUCCACCUGCUGUUGCUCCUGGCGAGCCUUGGGAUUCUGUCUUUCCUGGAGCUGCUGUGAACUAGAUAAUGCAGUUUGCUGCAGCGAUAACCGUUCUUGUUGCCCCCAUGACUAUCCUAUAUGUGACACAGCUAGGGGGCGUUGCUUGAAGGGUAAUGGCAACUUCUCCAGUAUAGAAGGAAUCAAGAGGAAGCAAGCUUUCUCCAAGGUCCCCUCUUGGAAUGUGGCUGCUUUCGCUCUGCCCUUCUUGUUCCGGUGAUCCUAUAAAUUGGCCAGGUCGGUGUUUCUUCGUGUGUCAAGCAUCAUGAGCGCCGAUGGGAAGAGCCCCAUAGUGGUUGGACCCUGGGGAGGGACAGGAGGAUACCCCUGGGACGACGGUGUGUACUCGACCGUAUGCCAGAUUAUGAUCACCCAUGGUGCCGCCGUCGACUCGAUAAGAAUCCAGUAUGACCUGAAAGGACACUCGGUCUGGUCACAGACGCACGGGAGCACGGAGGACGGGUCUGAAACAGAUAAGGUGAAGCUAGAUGUUCCCGGAGAAAUCCUUCUGUCCGUAAGCGGCUACUACGGAUCGGUCUGCGGGAGCCCGGUCAUCAUAAGAUCACUGACGUUCCAGAGCAACCGCUCCAAGUACGGACCUUUCGGCACCGAGGACGGGACGCCCUUCUCGCUCCCGGUGAGCAGCGGCAAGAUCAUCGGCUUCCAUGGACGGUCCGGGUCGUACCUCAACUCGAUCGGCUUCUACCUGAAGCAAGUCCACGUUCCAAUUCCGAAUCCCUCCAGCUAUCCAGCCUUGCCUCAGCUCCCGACGCCGGCGUACAACAGAAAUGGCUAUACCGUCGACGAGGUCGGGGAUGAGCAUGACAUGGCCCUCGCGGUGCGGGAUCGGAGCGAUAGCUACGCCGUUUACGGUAGCGCUUACCCUAAGCAGCAGUACGCGCAUCCGUCUCCAGACUACCACGAUGGAGCUAUCAUGAACAAGAUGGUUUCGUAUCCUAGCUCGUACAGGGCGGCGAUGAGCGGGCCGGAGACGCACGGUCCGUGGGGCGGCAGCGGCGGCACCAUCUUCGACGACGGCGUGUACACCGGCGUGUGGCAGAUCAACCUGACCCGCGCGGUGGGGGUCACCUCCAUGAAGGUGCUGUACGACCGGCACGGGCAGGCGGUCUGGGGCAACAAGCACGGCUUCAGCAGCGGCGUCCCACCCGACAAAAUCGCGUUCGACUUCCCGUCGGAGGUGCUGACCCACAUCACCGGCUACUACGGCCCGACCAUCAUCAUGGGCCCGACGGCGGUGAGGUCGCUGACGUUCCACACCAACCGGCGGCGCUACGGGCCCUACGGGGACGAGUACGGCACAUACUUCUCCACGAGCUUCGCCGACGGGCGGGUCGUGGGGUUCCACGGCCGGGAGGGCUGGUACAUCGACGGCAUCGGCGUCCACGUGCAGCAGGGCAGGGUGCCGUCGUCCCUCAGGGCGGCCAGCAGGAGCCCGUCGCCGGCGCCGCGGUACGACCCGGGCGACGUGGACGAGGAGGUGCCGUACGCGGCCAUGGUGAUGGAGCCGGUGGCGGCGGGGCCGGGGCCGUGGGGCGGGGAGGGUGGCCGGGCGUGGGACGACGGCGUGUACGCCGGCGUGAACCAGGUGUACGUGACCCGGGGCGCGCUCAUCGGGUCGAUACAGAUCCAGUACGACCGGGGCGACCGGUCGGAGUGGUCGGCCCGGCACGGCACCAGCGGCCACAUCACGCACCGGGUGAAGCUGGACGCGCCGCACGAGGUGCUCACCUGCGUGCGCGGCUACUACAACGCCGACCCGGCCGAGGGGCCCCGGGCGCUGCGCUCCAUCACCUUCGUCAGCAACCGGGGAAGGUACGGGCCGUUCGGGGACGAGGUCGGGACCUACUUCUCGUCGCCGGCGACGGCCGGAGGGAAGGUGGUCGGGUUCCAUGGCCGGAGCGGGCAGCACCUGGACGCCAUCGGGGUGCACAUGCAGCACUGGCAGGGGGACCGGCGGGCCGCGCCCAAAUUCGUGCUCUCCAAGUACCUCUUCUGAAGGUCUGAUGCGAGACGCGUACGUACGUGCGUGGCUACUAGGUAGACGUACGGAUUUGAUUGUUCUUGGGAAGAGAUUUUGUCGACUACCAAGAGGCUGUUGCAACGGGUCAUAAAAUAUUUUAUAUUAUAUUAAUAACACACAAGAUCAAUUGUUAAA